AUGGGGCAUCCCCGGCGCUGGCGGGCAGUGCGUGGGCUGUUGAGGAGCUGCUAUGCGGAGGUGCUGCCGCUGGAAGCCUUCGUACGGCGCCUGCAAGAGCGGACUCCGGCAAACGGGCAGCCGGAGCCGUUAUUGCAAGACGGGGACCCCCGGUGCUACCGCAGCCUCGUGGACCAGUGCCUGGUAGGGCGGCCAGCUGGGUGCAAAGCCCUCCCGCCGCGCUUCGUCUUUGAGCAGGUUUCUAGUCAAAAUGACGUCGUUGCAAGAGUCAUUCAGAGAAUUUGUGAAAAGCAGAAAAGGAAUGUCCUCGCGUUUGGCUACGCCCUGUUGAAUGAGAAUACCUGGCAGUUGCCCUGCAUGCCAAAUAUCUAUAGCUAUCUGCCUAAUAAUACAACAGAAACCCUUCGCCAGAGUGUUCUCUGGGAGAUAAUUCUGAGCAGAGUUGGAGAUGAUGUUAUGAUGUAUCUGUUGGAGCAUUGUGGCCUCUUCAUGCUUGUGCCUCCUAGUUGUUGUUAUCAGAUCUGUGGGCAGCCCAUCUACCAUCUUGCUUUAAGGAACAGAACACCCUCUCCGAAGUUCCUUAGAAUGCAAUAUCCUGGCCAAACACGUAGUGUCUUAUCAGGUUAUCUGCAAAGAAGGUUUUAUUGUAGACAAUCCCUUAAAAAGGCAAACUGGAAGAAAUGGAACUCUAGAAAACAAAAAUGGCGCAAAACCCAUGAAGUUUCAGACUGCAACUAUCGGCAAUCUUUGAUGGUUUGGAGAGCUGCUAGGCAGAACCCUAAAAUGAACAAACUGGUUACAAGAGCCAGUGACUACCUAGAGGGCCAGCAAAGACCAAAUCAGUGCCUGUCGUUAACAACAUCAUUGCUUAAAAGGAAAUGGAAGGGUCAGUGUGAAAUUAGUGCCAAGAGAAUGAAAAUCAUGCAAACAGAGAAAGAGCAAGAAAAAGAAACAAGAAAGCCAGUUCCCACUGGAAGCAAAAAUCAAUUGAUUCUUGAUGUUGAUAGGGUUGGUGUCAAUGCCUGCAGAGGAUGUGUAAGGUCACGAUCAGAGGAUGGGUUAACGCUUGUGAAGUCUGUUCCUCUGAGCAAUGAACUUAGAGCACAAAAGUCUGAUGUACCUUGUUCAGCUCUUGAUAAUCAAGGACUCCUUGUGUGUGGUGAGGAAUUAGAGCUAGAUACAGAGAAUAAAAUGCUCUGUGGAUCUACCACCAAAACAAAAUCCGACAUUAGACCUUCAAAGCUGGAAACUGAUGCUCCUUCCACACUGGUGGUAGCAGCAGAAUAUCCCACUGCAGGAAGAGACCUUGGAGACUGUACACCUAAGUCAACUCAGGACUUUUCUAACAAUGUUCCUGUUACGCAUAUUGAGAGGCGUUCUCUCUUGUACUGUCACCGGCAGCUGAAAGAGCGUUUACCUAAAUCAUUUGUACUGAAUCUCUUGAAUGGUUAUCCGUCAGGGGGACGACGACUAAUAGAAAUUAUAUUCUUCAACAGUAAGAUCCUGGCGCAGCCUGGCAGUUCAAGUCUCCUAAGUUGCAACAAGAGGAAGAAAAGGCUUCCAAAACGUUACUGGGAGAUGAGAGGUGUGUUCCAGGAACUGUUGCAGAACCAUGCAAAGUGCCCUUACCUGGUGGUGUUAAAAAAGAAUUGUCCUAUUUGGGUAGCUAAGAGAGAAAGAAUUGGUGGAGGAGCGCAGGGUUACACACAAAAAAGCCAUCGAGACGGGAGCUUGUCAAGGACACAGCAAGUGAGCCCUACUGAAAAUUGCCUCAGGAAUGAACUAGGUGGUUUGAGCCCAUUCCCCAAAACAUCAGGAGUUCCAAACAAACAGAAUGAAACAGUUCCACCAAGUCAACAAACGGAGUUGGAAAUUCCCCAAGACUCUCCCGGUACUGGCUUUACGAUGUUCCUUAAGCAGUAUAGUAGUCACUGGCAAGUGUAUGCUUUUGUGAGGGAAUGUCUAGAGAGAGUGAUACCUGCUGCACUCUGGGGUUCGAAUCACAACAAGUGCCGCUUCUACAAAAAUGUGAAAAAAAUCAUCUCGCUGGGGAAGUUUGACACAUUUUCUUUGCAGGAGUUAAUGUGGAAAAUGAGAGUGAACGAUUGCACUUGGCUUCGCCUGACCAAAGAAUGUGGGCGUUUUGUUCCUGCCUCUGAACAUCAUUUUCGACAAGAACUGAUGUCCAAAUUCCUUUACUGGCUGAUGGACUCCUAUGUUGUAGAGCUCCUCCGAUCUUUCUUCUAUAUCACAGAGACCAUGUUUCAGAAGAACUUACUUUUUUUCUUUCGAAAGACUGUUUGGAGCAAGUUGCAGAGCAUGGGAGUCAGGAACCAUCUGGCCAAAGUGCUCCUUCGUGCCUUAUCAAAGGAGGAGAUCAAAGCUUUGCAACAGAAAAAGUGUGUUCCUCUGGCAUCAAAACUCCGGUUCAUACCCAAACCAAAUGGACUGAGGCCUGUGGUCAAGCUAAAUAGUGUGGUGGGAGAUGAAACAUUCUGCAAAAAGAGCAAAGACAAAAAGGUUCAGUACUUCAACACGCAACUUAAAAACCUAUUUAGCAUUCUGAAUUACGAACGAAUGAAGAACCCCAUCUUGCUUGGCUCUUCUGUGUUUGGGACAGACGAUAUUUAUACCGUCUGGAAGAAGUUUGUUUUGAAGGUUUUGGAGUCGAAUGCUGAAAUGCCUAGAUUCUACUUUGUGAAGGCUGAUGUCACAGGUGCUUACGAUACCAUUCCCCAUAAUAAACUGGUAGAAGUGAUUUUGCGGGCCCUUGCUCCAGAUAAAAAGGCCACCUACAGCAUACGGCGCUAUGCAGUGAUCAUAAGGACAAGAAACGGACUUAUCAGACGAUACUACAGGAGAUACGUAUCUGCUUACAAGGAGUUUAUGCCCGAUAUGAAACGGUUUGUGUGUCAUCUUCAAGAGAGCACCUCGCUGCGAAAUGCAGUAAUAGUUGAGCAGAGUGUUUCUUUGAAGGAAAGCAGUUCCAGCCUCUGUGAGUUUUUCUUGCAAUUGAUCCAUAACAGCAUCCUGAAGAUUGAGGACAGGUACUACGUCCAGUGCUGUGGAAUCCCUCAGGGCUCCAUUUUGUCAACUCUACUUUGUAAUCUCUGCUAUGGAGACAUGGAGAACAAAUUAUUACGUGGUGUGCAGAAAGACGGAGUGCUGAUGCGUUUAACAGAUGACUUUUUGCUUGUUACACCUCAUUUAACAGAAGCGAAAAUAUUUUUGAGGACUCUGGCCAUGGGCAUUCCAGAGUAUGGCUUUGUUAUAAACCCAGAUAAAACGGUGGUGAAUUUUCCUGUUGAUGAAGAUAUCCCAGGAUGUUUGGAGUUCAAACAAUUACCAGCUCACUGUGUAAUCCCGUGGUGUGGAUUGUUAAUUGGUACACAGACUCUUGAAGUUUAUUGUGAUUACUCAAGUUAUGCCUGUACAUCUAUCAGGUCAAGCCUCUCUUUCAACUUUAGCAGCAAAGCCGGCGUGAGCAUGAGAAAUAAACUGCUUUCAGUCCUGCAGCUGAAAUGCCACAGUUUAUUUGUAGAUUUACAGAUCAACAGCCUUAGGACAGUCUGUAUUAACGUGUACAAGAUACUUCUGCUGCAGGCUUACAGGUUUCAUGCAUGUGUUCUUCAGCUGCCCUUCAACCAACAGAUUAAAAAUAAUCCCGAUUUCUUUCUGAGAGUAAUUUCUGAUAUGACCUCAUGCUGCUUCUCUGUUUUGAAAGCCAAAAAUGCAGGCAUUUAUUCGUCUCCUGCUGGCCAUGCAGCUCCACUUACCUAUGAAGCAGCACAAUGGCUUUCCUAUCAUGCCUUCAUUAUUAAACUGGGAAAUCACAGAGUUAUUUACAAGUGUCUUCUGGUGCCCCUCAAAAGAUGCAAAACGAGAUUGCUUCGACGAAUUCCAGAAGCUACCAUGAAGCUCCUGAAGGAAGUGACGGAGCCAUCUCUAUAUGAAGACUUCAAAGCCGUCUUGGAUUAAUGGUUUAUAUAUAACCACAUUCUUCUCCACACAUAUGUUCUCUCAAGACUUUUGUCUACAGAAUAGCUGAGAAUAUAAUCAGCUCUUUGUAAGUCCCGUUACAGAUAUAUUGUGAAAUAUUUUUCCUAAUUUUGGGGAAAAGAAAUUUCUUAAUGAGUGUUGUUGGCAUGUAUCAAAGUAGGAAAACUGUAGUAGUUUGGUGCCUGCUGGACAGCCUUCUGCCUUGGAAAAUAAUUAUGCUUUCAUGGAUGGAUGAUGAGUAGAAAGCCAGCUUUGAAAAUAUUUCCU